AUGGCGUUUACGAGAUCUGCAACUUCUUUGUACGGGGCGCUGUCCGCUUCCUCGGGCUGGUGUCCUAAUGGUUUCACAAGGUCGACAUUAGAAACGGUCGACCACCGGCCACUGAAAUUCUAUUUGUUCAUUCUUCCGAGUCUUUUCUAG